CAUUUGGUGUAUCAAUCUCAUCUAUUCAAGAAACAAAUCAAAGCUUCCCUGCUCUGUCAAAAUUAAUCACUUUUUGUACCUCCAAUUCUUUUGCCAUAAAAUCAAAUACCAAUUACCGAUGUCUUCUUUCUCUUCACUUUGUUCAACUGCUCUGCUAAUCCUGGCAAUGGUCAGCUCGGUGGGGAUUUCUUCUGCAGGUAAUUUCAAUCAAGACUUUUACAUUACUUGGGGAGAUGGCCGUGCCAAGAUACUCAACAACGGCGAUCUGCUUACUCUCUCCCUUGACAAAGCUUCUGGCUCUGGUUUCAACUCCCAGAACGAGUAUUUAUUUGGUAAGAUAGAUAUGCAAAUCAAGCUUGUUCCUGGAAAUUCAGCUGGCACCGUGACAGCCUACUACUUACGCUCAGAAGGGUCGUUGUGGGACGAGAUAGACUACGAAUUCUUGGGCAACGUAAGCGGCGAACCUUAUAUUGUUCACACAAAUGUUUUUGGACAAGGCAAAGGCAACAGAGAGCAGCAGUUCUAUCUCUGGUUCGACCCCACGGCUGACUUCCACACCUACUCCAUUCUUUGGAACCCCCAACGCAUCAUCUUCUCUGUGGAUGGCACUCCCAUUAGAGAGUUCAAGAACCAUGAGUCGAUUGGCGUUCCAUUCCCAAAAAACCAGCCGAUGAGGAUACACUCUAGCCUCUGGAAUGCUGAUGACUGGGCCACAAGGGGUGGACUAGUCAAGACAGAUUGGACACAAGCUCCUUUUACUGCUUCCUAUAGGAACUUCAAUGCGGAUGCUUGUGUUUGGUCCUCUGGGGCAUCUUCCUGCGGCUCAAGUUCACCUUCCACCUCUGCUACCAAUGCUUGGCUCUCCGAAGAGCUGGACUCGGCAAGCCAAGAGAGGCUCAAGUGGGUUCAGAAGAAUUACAUGAUUUACAACUACUGCACGGACGCAAAGCGAUUUCCACAAGGUCUUCCUCCAGAGUGCACUGCCACUAGCGAGUCUUAAAUACCUCAAUAUUGUAGAGCUGUUGCCAUUUUUUUGUCAUAUAUUCGCUUCUGAGAUUUUAGAAACACAAUUAUUUCAUUUAUUGUGGUUGUAAUGACACAAUAAAAUGGAUCACUGAAACAGAGUUUGGAUGUAAGUUUUACUGUUUGAAAUGCAUCAAAAGAGAUUAUUUUCUA